AGACAGCGUCGGCGGCGGCUCUGCAGUGGAAUACGCUGUUAUUUGAGGGAAGGUGAGAGCUCUCGGAGUACCCGACCAGCGCGUGUUGAUGUGUUUCAGGACUUGAUCGCAGCAUCCGAAAUCAUCAUAAUUAACAAAGUAACUCCUGGGUUCCUCUCACUUCACAAAAAGCCUCACUCAAAUCCCCAGACGACACGAGGAAAAAAAAAAGGGAAUAACAUCUGUUUAUCUGCAUAUUUCUAUGUACAAAAAACAAGAGGAAGAAACACACAGAUCGACAGAGGACAAAAAACAUCUCAGAGGAUGCGGAAUUAGAAAGAACAAAUUGUCACUGGAGGACCAAAGGGACAAUAAACCUUUUCUCGCAGAUCCACCAGCGUGGAGUCACCUCACCUGUACCUUCGGAUUAAAGAGCAGGGUCAUGUCCCAGUUGCCAUGCGCAUCGCCACGCUGACCUGCCUUCCCGGCCCUUCCCCCUUCCUCUUUCUAUUGGCCCAGCUGCUACUGCGGCUCCUCCUCCCUGGGCCGGAGUUGGUGGGAGCCGCCUCCUCCUGCCCCUCCCUCUGCACCUGCUCCAACCAGGCAAGCCGAGUCAUCUGCACCAGGCAAAACCUGGAGGAGGUGCCCGAAAGCAUAUCAGUCAACACACGAUACCUCAACCUGCAGGAGAACUCGAUACAGGUUAUCAAGUCAGACACCUUCAAGCACUUGAGGCACCUUGAGAUCCUCCAGCUCUCCAAGAAUCAGAUCCGUCAGAUUGAAGUCGGAGCAUUCAAUGGCCUCCCCAACCUCAACACACUGGAGCUCUUCGACAACCGCCUCACACUGGUGCCAUCACAUGCCUUUGAGUACCUCAGCAAGCUGCGGGAGCUGUGGUUGCGCAACAACCCCAUUGAGACUCUGCCAGGCUAUGCCUUCCACCGUGUGCCCUCGCUACGUCGCCUGGAUCUGGGUGAGCUCAAGAAGUUGGAUUUCAUCUCUGACGCAGCCUUUGUGGGCCUCAUCAAUCUACGCUACCUGAACCUGGGCAUGUGCGGACUGAAGGACAUUCCCAAACUGACGGCCCUUGUUCGGUUAGAGGAGCUGGAGCUGUCGGGAAACCGACUGGAGAUCAUCAGACCCGGCUCCUUCCAGGGCCUGGUGUCCCUCCGCAAGCUGUGGCUAAUGCAUUCACAGGUGUCCGUCAUCGAGCGCAAUGCUUUCGAUGACCUGAAAAACCUGGAAGAGCUCAACCUGUCCCAUAACUCCCUGCAUUCCUUGCCCCAUGACCUCUUCACACCCCUUCAUCAGCUGGAGAGGGUACACCUCAACCACAACCCCUGGAUCUGCAAUUGUGAUGUGCUUUGGCUCAGCUGGUGGUUAAAAGAGACAGUGCCCAGCAACACCACCUGCUGCGCCCGCUGCCAUGCUCCCCCAUUCUUAAAGGGAAAGUACAUUGGAGAGCUUGACCAGAGCCACUUCACCUGCUAUGCGCCGGUCAUUGUGGAGCCACCUACAGACCUCAAUGUCACUGAGGGUAUGGCCGCUGAACUCAAGUGUCGCACAAGCACCUCCACAACAUCCGUCAACUGGAUCACCCCUAAUGGCACAUUAAUGACCCAUGGUUCCUACCGGGUGCGGAUAUCUGUCCUGCAUGAUGGCACACUCAACUUCACGAAUGUCACCCUGCGUGACACAGGCCAGUACACCUGCAUGGUUACCAAUGCUGCUGGCAAUACCACAGCGACUGCUGUCCUCAAUGUCACUGCUGCUGAUGCCAGUGUCAACUACACCUACUUCACAACGGUCACAGUGGAAACAGUUGAGACGCCAGGAGAGGAAGAGUCUGCAUUGGUAGCCAUCAACGAAACAUUCAUCCGUGUCCACCCUGGCCCCACGCCAUCAGGCCACUUGUGGCCCGAUGGUGUUUCUACCACAGCCUCCUCUCUGUCAGCUGGCUGGUCCUCCUCCACUCCUCGGGCCACCCGACCCACGUUCACUGUGCCCAUCACAGAGCCAGGCUUCUCGGGCCUGGAUGAUGUGAUGAAGACCACCAAGAUCAUCAUUGGCUGCUUUGUAGCCAUUACCUUUAUGGCAGCGGUGAUGCUAGUGGUAUUCUACAAGCUGAGGAAGCAGCACCAGUUGCACAAACACCACGGCCCUGCUCGUGCUAUUGAGAUUAUCAAUGUAGAGGAUGAGCUGGGGGCUGGGGCCAGUGGGAGAGGCAGUGGCAUCUCAGGAGGCUCCACUGUGACGCAGAGCGGGAGCAGUGGAAUAGGAGGGGGCCAGAGCCUCAGGCUGCACCACCCAGAGAUUGUCAACCUGCCGAACCUGGCCCGAUCAGAGCACCUCAACCACUACUACAAAUCCCAUCACUUCAACAACAACAUGAUGGGCCUGGGCAUGGGCACUGGCACUGGUGUGGUCCUCAACAACAACAACAACCCCUCGCCUUGUUCUCAGUCACAAAACACGUCCAUAUCUUGUUCCCAGGUCCCAACCAGUGGAGGAACGCCCACAGGUGGCACCCUGCCCUCUCCAGUGCCCCUGCCCCAGAUGGGUCUCCACAGUUCUCUGAAAGGCCUUAUGGGGAAAAACCAGAAUGAGCCCCUGCUUUUUAAGAGUGGCUCUAAGGAAAAUGUGCAAGAGACUCAAAUUUGAGUAAAAGUGAGAGUGGAAGUAAGAGGUAAGAAGAUGCUGGUAGAGACAGUGAGACAGAAAGAGCCCAUGAGACCGAGUAUAUGAGACUGAUUGUAGCCUACUGUCCUCAUGGACAGAUUCCAGAAAAGAUUAUAUUUCACAUAGUCGCUGCUUUGUGUUGUCAAUCUGUUGACAGAGAGAAGCAGAGAGGAAAACUGAAGGAGACAGAGUACGAUAUCUGAUCAGCACUAGUCCCGCAAAGAGCAUCCACACACACUGUUCAACUAAAUCAGACACAAACAUAUAAGAUGGAAACCACAAACAUCAGAAUCAUUCAGUUUCCUGUGCAGCCUGUUAUAGUUUUUGCCAAAGUCCGAGAUCAAGUCAGCUCUUUUCAUUUGCGUCCACAAUCACAGUGGAAAGCUAUGAAUAAAACACAUGAGCCACUCUAGGUUUUCUACAGAUUACUUCGUAUAUUUCCAGACACAUUCAGUGUAUAUAUUUGGAGGGGGACAUAAUAUUGGCCAUUGAACAUGUUGUCAGAUUAGUGUUUGGCAGAGACACUGAAUAACAAACAAUGGUUUGGGUGAGCAGUAUGGUCCCAGGUUUCCAGGAAGCACUAAAACAAAACAGAGAAAGCAAAAUUAGAGCAGCACAGCAACUCUGUCCAGGACACACGGAUCGGAGUAAUACCUUGCAGGGAGACAGAACAACAACAAUUGUUUUUUUUUUUUUUUUC